AUGGCAUCCCUCUUCGCCAGCAACCGGAUACUCCCCAGCCUGAAGCGCCGUGGUCGCACUCCAAGCAAACCUGACGCAGCGUCGCCCUCCAAGGCGAAACCCCUGCACAUCCUACCCAACGUCACGGAAGAGGACGAGAGCUCGAGUCGCAUCUCUUGCUCAUCAACCAACUCCCUCCCUCUCAACACGAAACAGCACGCCUCACGACAUGCGAGCACUAGUGCCACCCUGGGCGCCCGUCCUGUGCACGAAGCACGGAGAACGGUCGUCUUGACCGGUGUCGAAGGUCUGACUUUCGACGACUUCUUCCCUCCAUCAAGCGCUCCCCGCGCCCGCACCCCUUCCCCGCCACCGCGCCCAGAGACUCCCCCGCGCUCCGCUGCUCCAUCUACAGCCUCGUCCGAGACCUCCCUCGAUGAUAUCAACCUUCGCUUCUCUGGUCUCGGCAUCUCUCUCGACUUCCCCUCGCCCCCAUCUACCACUUCUACGUUUGCCUCGCUUUCAAGAAGACGCGAGGUGUCCCCAAGCCCUUCAGUCGCUAGCACCGAUACCUGCACCACCACCAGCCCGAAGACUCCCUGCUCAACACCACCGACCUCGGACGACGACGAGUCGCCCAUGCGCUCUCACCUCAAACGCGCGCCGACCUUCAGGUCUCAGCGCGCCUCCGUCCUGUUCAUGCAGUCCAUGCCUGACCUCAUCGAGGCGCCUCGCAAGGCGUCGAUUACAUCCCUUGCCUCGAACGUCUCCGAGGAGGUCGACUGGAUCGCGCAGGACAUCGGCGACGUCUUCACGCUCUCCACCCCGCUCCCGCCCGCCUUCCCUUCCGAAGACUCGGACCAUGCGCCCGACGCUCGCGCGCGCCCGGACUCGAUGCCGCCCCCGCCCCGUGCACGCGGCCGCUCCUCAAUCUUCAGCAAGCCCCCUCCCCCGCUCCCCCGCAUCUCGAUCGUCGACAGCAGCAUGAGCCUGCACGGCCCGUCCGCGCAGCUCGACCCGACAUUCCCGCUCCGCCGCCGCUCGUACCUCGUCCCCACGCGCCCGCCGCCCCCUCCGCCAACGGCGCCCAAGCUGUCCGAGAUGGAGCAGGCGACAGAGGAUCUGCUCGCGGAGCUGGCAAAUGCUGCGCUUGGCGCGGGCUUCCUCGGCGUGGAGCACGAGUGCCCGUCCCCGCUCUCGCUUUCGGUCCCCCCGUCUCCAAGCAGCCACUUCAUAGUCACCACUCCCCUGCCCAUGACGCCAACGUUUGGAACGCGCCCGCCACCGCGCUCGUCAAUCCCGGACGACGUCUUCUUCGGCCUCGCUGAGGUCGAGAGUCCCGUCGAAGUCGAGCACGCCGAGCUCACGGUCCCGCAGUGGCCGACCACGCCCAUGAGCGCGAGCGUGUACUCGCAGACGUCCGCGCCGGCUUCGCCCCUGUCCUCGUUCGACUUCGACCUGGAGGUCGACAUCGACGUCAGUGCCGUCGUCAGUCGCGAGGAGGACGCGCCCGUCCGCCGCGCCCCGUCGUCCGGCAGCGGGAGCUCGGAGCGCGCUCUGCGCUCGCGUUGGUCGACCUCCACCCUUGGCUCGCUCGCGGAGGCCUCGUCCCACUCGUGGCUGCCGCGCUUCACGCUCUCCCCCUCGAAGCGUGGCAAGGGCAAGACCGGCUCGCCCUCGCACUCCCCGUCGCCGUCGCACGCACACAAGUCCUCAACCUCGUCGACCGCAUCCGCGACCUCGCCUCUGCAGCGCAAGAACGCGGUCAAGGGCAGCGCCCUCAAGCGUUCGAUGGAGUCCGACCGCGGCGUCACGGUCGGCCGCCGCGACAGCCGCUCCUCGCGCAUGAGCGACACCGCGAGCGAGAGCGGGGAGAGCACGGCGUCGACGGGCAGCUCCGGGCUCGUGCGCAAGCCGAUCCCGAUGGCGCUCCUCGCGAUGUCCGCCCCCCAGAACUCGAUGACUAUGUGA